AUGUCGACCCUUCAGCCAACAAGUGCUCAGGAGGGACCCAUCAACCAAAUGAGAAGAGCCUCGUCGGUGUUGGGACCAAUGAAUAAAAUAUUGGUCGCCAAUAGAGGUGAAAUCCCCAUUAGAAUUUUCAGAACUGCUCACGAAUUGUCUAUGCAGACUGUUGCUAUUUACUCGCAUGAAGAUAGAUUGUCAAUGCACAGGUUGAAAGCCGAUGAAUCGUAUGCCAUUGGAAAGAAGGGGCAAUAUUCACCUGUUGGAGCUUACUUGCAAAUCGAUGAAAUCAUUGACAUCGCCAAGCAUCACAACGUUAAUAUGAUUCAUCCAGGAUAUGGAUUCCUUUCUGAAAACAGUGAAUUUGCUAAAAAAGUUGAAGAAAACGGAAUCUUGUGGGUGGGUCCAAGUUACAAGACAAUUGAUGCCGUAGGUGAUAAAGUUAGUGCUAGAACUUUAGCUAUUGACAAUGGCGUUCCUGUGGUUCCAGGUACACCUGGCCCAAUUGAUAAUGUUGCCGAUGCAAGAAAGUUUGUUGAGAAAUACGGAUUCCCUGUUAUUAUAAAAGCCGCUUUUGGUGGUGGUGGAAGAGGUAUGAGAGUCGUUCGUGAGGGUGACGAUAUUGAAGACGCCUUCAAGAGAGCCACUUCUGAGGCAAAGACUGCAUUUGGUAACGGAACUUGUUUUAUUGAGAGGUUUUUGGAUAAACCGAAACACAUUGAAGUUCAAUUGUUGGCUGAUAACUACGGUAAUGUCAUACACUUGUUUGAAAGAGACUGUUCAGUCCAAAGACGACACCAAAAAGUUGUUGAAAUUGCACCAGCCAAAAACUUGCCCAAAGAAGUCAGGGAUGCCAUCUUGACCGAUGCGGUAAAGUUAGCCAAGAGUGCCAAUUAUAGAAACGCGGGUACCGCUGAAUUCUUGGUUGAUGAGCAAAACAGGCACUACUUUAUUGAAAUUAACCCUAGAAUCCAGGUUGAGCACACCAUCACAGAAGAAAUCACUGGAGUCGAUAUUGUAGCUGCUCAAAUUCAAAUUUCUGCUGGCGCUUCAUUGCAACAGUUGGGAUUAUUACAGGAUAAGAUCACCACUAGAGGUUUCGCCAUUCAGUGUAGAAUCACUACAGAAGAUCCAGCCAAAAACUUCCAGCCAGACACUGGUAAAAUUGAGGUGUACAAAUCAGCUGGUGGUAAUGGUGUGAGGUUAGAUGGUGGUAAUGGGUUUGCUGGUUCGGUCAUAUCUCCUCACUAUGAUUCCAUGUUGGUCAAAUGUUCAUGUUCUGGUUCCACAUUUGAAAUUGCCCGUAGGAAAAUGUUGCGUGCAUUGAUUGAAUUUAGAAUAAGAGGGGUCAAGACAAACAUCCCGUUCCUUUUGGCCCUUUUGACAAAUGAGACUUUCAUCAAGGGUGAUUGUUGGACAACAUUCAUUGACGAUACCCCGUCAUUGUUCCAAAUGGUUAGUUCGCAAAACAGAGCCACCAAGUUGUUGUCAUACUUGGCUGAUCUUUACGUCAAUGGAUCAUCGAUUAAAGGACAGAUUGGAUACCCUAAAUUGAAUGAUGAAGCAUUGAUUCCAGUGUUGCACGACCCAAAGACUGGAAUUCCAAUUGAUGUUACACAUACACCACCUCCACGUGGAUGGAGACAAGUGUUGUUGGAAGAAGGACCGGAUGCUUUUGCUAAAAAGGUUAGAGAAUUUAAUGGUACUUUGCUCACCGAUACGACUUGGAGAGAUGCGCACCAAUCUUUGCUAGCAACCAGAGUUAGAACUAUUGACUUGUUAAACAUUGCUCCAACCACUGCAUUUGCUUUGAAUGGUGCUUUUUCGCUUGAAUGUUGGGGUGGUGCCACUUUUGACGUCUGUAUGAGGUUCCUUUAUGAAGAUCCAUGGGAUAGAUUGAGGAAAUUGAGGGCUUUAGUGCCAAACAUCCCAUUCCAAAUGUUAUUGCGUGGUGCUAAUGGUGUUGCAUAUUCUUCGUUGCCCGAUAACGCAAUUGACCAAUUUGUCAAAGAGGCCAAGGACAACGGAGUUGAUAUCUUCCGUGUCUUUGAUGCAUUGAAUGAUUUAGAACAGUUGAAAGUUGGUAUUGAUGCUGUCAAGAAAGCUGGCGGUGUUGUUGAAGCCACUGUUUGUUAUUCUGGUGACAUGUUGAAGCCAGGAAAGAAGUACAACUUGGAAUACUACUUGUCGGUUGUUGAUGAGAUUGUCAAAAUGGGCACUCAUUUCUUGGGUAUCAAAGAUAUGGCUGGUACUUUGAAGCCAGCAGCAGCCAGGUUGUUAGUGGGUGAGAUUAGAAAACGUUACCCAGAGUUGGCAAUCCAUGUUCACACACAUGAUUCAGCUGGUACUGGUGUGGCUUCAAUGACUGAGUGUGCAAAGGCUGGUGCUGAUGUUGUUGACGCUGCUUCAAACUCGAUGUCUGGUUUAACUUCACAACCAUCAAUCAGUGCCAUCUUGGCCUCGUUUGAGGGUUCUAUCAACACUGGAUUAUCCGAAUCAUUAGUUAGAGAGUUGGACAACUAUUGGGCCCAAAUGAGAUUAUUAUACUCUUGCUUCGAGGCCGAUUUGAAGGGACCUGAUCCAGAAGUUUACUCACACGAAAUCCCUGGUGGACAAUUGACCAAUUUGUUAUUCCAAGCACAACAAUUGGGUUUGGGUGAGAAAUGGUUGCAAACAAAGGAAACUUAUAAAGUUGCCAACAAGAUCCUUGGGGACUUGGUCAAGGUGACUCCAACAUCGAAAGUUGUUGGGGACUUGGCUCAAUUUAUGGUGAGUAACUCCUUAACCGAAGAAGAUGUCAACCGUCUUGCUUCCGAAUUGGAUUUCCCUGAUUCGGUACUCGACUUUAUGGAAGGGUUGAUAGGUAAGCCAUAUGGUGGAUUCCCUGAACCUUUGCGUACCAACAUUUUGGGCAAUAAGCGCCAAAAAUUGGACAAGCGUCCAGGAUUGUACUUGCAACCAGUUGAUUUUGCUGGUAUUAGAAAAGAGUUGACCUCAAGAUAUGGAUCCCAAGUUAAUGAAACUGAUGUUGCUUCGUACGUUAUGUACCCCAAAGUAUUUGAAGCUUUUAGAAAACAGGUUGAAAAGUACGGUGAUUUGAGUGUGUUGCCAACAAGAUUUUUCCUCAAACCGGCAAACAUUGGUGAAGAAAUUGUUGUUGAUAUUGAAAAGGGUAAGACCUUGAUCAUCAAGUUGUUGGCAGUGGGUGAAAUUUCAGAAAAGACUGGUACCCGUGAAGUAUUUUUCGAAUUGAAUGGUGAAAUGAGAUCCGUAUCGGUGGAAGAUAACACCGUUUCGGUUGAAACCAAAACAAGACCAAAAGCUUCCGCGCCUAAUGAUGUGGGUGCACCAAUGGCUGGUGUUGUUAUUGAGGUCAGAACCCACAAGCACCAAGAAGUUAAGAAAGGUGAUCCAAUUGCCGUGUUGUCGGCCAUGAAGAUGGAGAUGGUGAUUAGUGCACCUGUGAGUGGACUUGUCGAUGAUUUAUUGGUGAGAGAAGGCGAUUCUGUUGAUGCUAAUGAUUUGAUCACUAGCAUUUUAAAGGCCUGA